AUUUUGUACCUGCCUCCCAUAGCUAACUUCAACAUGCUUAAAAGAAAGCAGAGUUCCAGGGUGGAAGCCCAGCCAGUAACUGACUUCGGUCCUGAUGAAUCUCUAUCAGACAAUGCUGACAUACUCUGGAUUAAUAAGCCAUGGGUGCACUCUCUGCUGCGCAUCUGUGCCAUCAUCAGCGUCAUCUCAGUGUGUAUGAACACACCUAUGACCUUCGAGCACUAUCCUCCUCUGCAGUAUGUGACCUUCACCUUGGACACUUUACUGAUGUUCCUCUACACUGCAGAGAUGAUAGCAAAAAUGCACAUACGGGGAAUUGUCAAGGGUGAUAGCUCCUAUGUGAAAGAUCGCUGGUGUGUUUUUGAUGGAUUCAUGGUCUUUUGCCUUUGGGUUUCUCUCGUAUUACAGGUGUUUGAAAUAGCUGACAUAGUUGAUCAGAUGUCACCUUGGGGCAUGCUGCGAAUCCCACGGCCACUCAUCAUGAUCCGGGCUUUCAGGAUUUAUUUCCGAUUUGAACUGCCAAGGACAAGAAUUACAAACAUUUUAAAGCGGUCAGGAGAACAAAUAUGGAGUGUUUCAAUUUUCCUCCUUUUCUUCCUUCUUCUGUAUGGGAUUUUAGGAGUUCAAAUGUUUGGAACAUUUACCUACCACUGUGUAGUCAAUGACACAAAGCCAGGGAAUGUAACCUGGAAUAGCUUAGCUAUCCCAGAUACACACUGCUCCCCAGAGCUAGAAGAAGGCUAUCAGUGCCCCCCAGGAUUUAAAUGCAUGGACCUGGAAGACCUGGGACUUAGCAGGCAAGAGCUGGGCUACAGUGGCUUUAAUGAGAUAGGCACGAGUAUAUUCACAGUCUAUGAGGCCUCAUCUCAGGAAGGCUGGGUAUUCCUCAUGUACAGAGCAAUCGACAGUUUCCCCCGCUGGCGUUCCUACUUCUACUUCAUUACACUGAUUUUCUUCCUUGCCUGGCUUGUCAAGAAUGUGUUUAUUGCUGUCAUCAUUGAAACAUUUGCAGAAAUAAGAGUACAAUUUCAACAAAUGUGGGGAACUCGGAGCAGCACAACUUCCACUGCCACCACACAGAUGUUCCAUGAAGAUGCUGCUGGUGGUUGGCAGCUGGUAGCUGUGGAUGUCAACAAGCCCCAGGGACGUGCCCCAGCCUGCCUACAGAAAAUGAUGCGGUCAUCAGUUUUCCACAUGUUUAUCCUGAGCAUGGUGACUGUGGAUGUAAUAGUUGCUGCCAGCAAUUACUACAAGGGAGAGAACUUUAGAAGGCAGUAUGAUGAAUUCUACCUUGCAGAGGUGGCUUUUACAGUCCUUUUUGACCUGGAAGCACUUCUGAAGAUAUGGUGCUUGGGAUUUACUGGCUACAUCAGCUCAUCUCUCCACAAGUUUGAACUACUGCUUGUUAUUGGGACGACUCUCCAUGUGUACCCAGAUCUUUAUCAUUCUCAGUUCACAUACUUCCAGGUUCUUCGGGUAGUCCGGCUUAUUAAGAUUUCUCCGGCAUUGGAAGACUUUGUGUACAAGAUAUUUGGUCCUGGGAAAAAACUUGGAAGCUUGGUGGUGUUCACCGCCAGCCUCCUGAUAGUUAUGUCAGCCAUUAGUUUGCAGAUGUUCUGCUUCGUCGAAGAACUGGACAGAUUCACCACAUUUCCAAGGGCAUUUAUGUCCAUGUUCCAGAUCCUCACCCAGGAAGGAUGGGUGGAUGUGAUGGACCAGACUCUGAAUGCUGUGGGGCAUAUGUGGGCUCCACUGGUUGCCAUCUAUUUCAUCCUUUAUCAUCUCUUUGCAACUCUGAUCCUCCUGAGUUUGUUUGUUGCUGUUAUUUUGGACAACUUAGAACUUGAUGAAGAUCUAAAGAAGCUCAAACAAUUAAAGCAAAGUGAAGCGAAUGCGGAUACCAAAGAAAAACUUCCUUUGCGCUUGCGAAUCUUCGAAAAAUUCCCAAACAGACCGCAAAUGGUGAAAAUCUCAAAACUUCCUUCAGAUUUUACAGUUCCUAAGAUCAGGGAAAGCUUCAUGAAGCAGUUCAUUGACCGCCAGCAACAGGACACCUGCUGUCUCUUCAGAAUCCUCCCCUCUGCCUCCUCCUCGUCAUGUGACAACCCCAAGAAGCCCACAGCUGAGGACAACAAAUACAUUGAUCAAAAACUCCGCAAGUCUGUUUUCAGCAUAAGGGCAAGGAACCUUCUGGAAAAAGAGACUGCAGUCACAAAAAUCUUAAGAGCUUGCACUCGACAGCGCAUGCUGAGCGGAUCAUUCGAGGGGCAGCCAGCAAAGGAGAGGUCGAUCCUCAGCGUGCAGCAUCACAUCCGCCAGGAGCGCAGGUCACUAAGACAUGGAUCCAACAGCCAGAGGAUCAGCCGGGGCAAAUCUCUUGAAACUUUAACUCAAGAUCAUUCGAAUACAGUGCGCUACAGAAAUGCACAAAGAGAAGACAGCGAAAUAAAGAUGAUUCAGGAGAAGAAGGAGCAAGCAGAGAUGAAAAGGAAGGUGCAAGAAGAGGAGCUGCGAGAGAACCACCCAUACUUUGACAAGCCUCUCUUCAUCGUGGGGCGGGAACACAGGUUCAGAAACUUCUGCCGCGUGGUGGUUCGAGCACGCUUCAAUGCAUCCAAAACAGACCCUGUCACAGGAGCUGUGAAAAACACAAAGUACCACCAACUUUAUGAUUUGCUGGGACUUGUCACCUACCUGGACUGGGUCAUGAUCACUGUAACCAUCUGCUCUUGCAUUUCCAUGAUGUUUGAAUCCCCCUUCCGGAGAGUCAUGCAUGCACCCACUUUACAGAUCGCUGAAUAUGUGUUUGUGAUAUUCAUGAGCAUUGAGCUUAAUCUGAAGAUUAUGGCAGAUGGCUUGUUUUUCACUCCAACUGCUGUCAUCAGGGACUUUGGUGGCGUCAUGGACAUAUUUAUCUAUCUUGUGAGUUUGAUAUUUCUUUGUUGGAUGCCUCAAAAUGUGCCUGCUGAAUCAGGAGCCCAGCUACUGAUGGUUCUUCGGUGCCUAAGACCACUUCGGAUAUUCAAACUGGUACCCCAAAUGAGAAAAGUUGUUCGAGAACUUUUCAGUGGUUUCAAGGAAAUAUUUUUGGUCUCCAUUCUGUUGCUGACAUUAAUGCUUGUUUUCGCAAGCUUUGGGGUUCAGCUCUUUGCUGGAAAGUUAGCCAAGUGCAAUGACCCCAACAUUAUCAGAAGGGAAGACUGUAAUGGCAUCUUCAGAAUUAAUGUAAGUGUGUCCAAGAACUUAAAUUUAAAGCUAAGACCUGGAGAGAAAAAACCUGGAUUUUGGGUGCCGCGUGUUUGGGCGAAUCCUCGGAACUUUAACUUUGACAAUGUGGGAAAUGCCAUGCUGGCAUUGUUUGAAGUUCUGUCCUUGAAAGGCUGGGUAGAAGUGAGGGAUGUCAUUAUUCAUCGUGUGGGGCCGAUCCAUGGAAUCUAUAUUCAUGUUUUCGUAUUUCUGGGUUGCAUGAUUGGACUGACCCUUUUUGUCGGUGUAGUUAUUGCUAACUUCAAUGAAAACAAGGGGACAGCCCUGCUGACGGUAGAUCAGAGAAGAUGGGAAGAUCUCAAGAGCAGAUUGAAGAUCGCACAGCCUCUUCAUCUCCCACCUCGGCCGGAUAAUGAUGGUUUUAGGGCUAAAAUGUAUGACAUAACCCAGCAUCCAUUUUUUAAGAGGACAAUCGCAUUGCUGGUUCUGGCCCAGUCUGUGUUGCUAUCUGUCAAGUGGGACGUCGAGGAUCCUGUCACGGUUCCCUUGGCAACAAUGUCGGUCGUCUUCACCUUCAUCUUUGUCUUAGAGGUUACAAUGAAGAUCAUAGCAAUGUCACCAGCUGGGUUCUGGCAAAGCAGAAGAAACCGAUAUGAUCUCUUGGUGACAUCACUUGGUGUUGUGUGGGUGGUGCUCCAUUUUGCUCUGCUGAAUGCAUACACCUACAUGAUGGGAGCCUGUGUGAUUGUCUUUAGAUUUUUCUCCAUCUGUGGAAAGCAUGUGACAUUAAAGAUGCUCCUUCUGACUGUGGUUGUCAGCAUGUACAAGAGCUUCUUUAUCAUUGUGGGAAUGUUUCUCUUGCUGCUGUGCUAUGCCUUUGCUGGUGUUGUUCUGUUUGGUACUGUAAAGUAUGGAGAGAACAUUAACAGACAUGCCAAUUUUUCUUCAGCUGGCAAAGCCAUUACUGUAUUGUUCCGAAUUGUCACAGGGGAAGACUGGAACAAGAUUAUGCAUGAUUGUAUGGUUCAGCCUCCAUUUUGUACUCCAGAUGAAUUUACAUACUGGGCAACAGACUGUGGCAAUUAUGCAGGGGCACUUAUGUACUUCUGCUCAUUCUAUGUCAUCAUUGCCUACAUCAUGCUGAAUCUGCUUGUAGCCAUAAUUGUGGAGAAUUUCUCUUUGUUUUAUUCCACUGAAGAGGACCAGCUUUUGAGUUACAAUGAUCUUCGCCAUUUUCAAAUCAUAUGGAACAUGGUAGAUGAUAAAAGAGAGGGUGUGAUCCCCACCUUCCGAGUGAAGUUCCUGCUACGGCUGCUGCGUGGGAGACUGGAAGUGGAUCUUGAUAAAGACAAGCUCUUGUUUAAGCACAUGUGCUAUGAGAUGGAGCGGCUGCACAAUGGUGGUGAUGUCACCUUUCAUGAUGUCUUGAGCAUGCUUUCCUACCGCUCUGUAGACAUCAGGAAGAGCCUGCAGCUAGAGGAGCUACUGGCAAGGGAGCAGCUGGAGUAUACCAUAGAGGAGGAGGUGGCUAAGCAGACUAUUCGCAUGUGGCUGAAGAAGUGCUUAAAACGCAUCCGGGCUAAACAGCAGCAGUCAUGCAGCAUCAUCCACAGCCUGCGAGAGAGCCAGCAGCAAGAGCUGAGCCGAUUCCUGAAUCCUCCCAGCAUUGAGACCACCCAGCCAAGUGAGGACACCAACGCCAACAGCCAGGACCACAAUAUGCAACCCGAGACAAGCAGUCAGCAGCAGCUCUUGAGCCCUACUCUGUCAGACAGAGGAGGAAGUCGACAGGAUGCAGCAGAUACUGGAAAACCCCAAAGGAAGAUUGGCCAAUGGCGUCUGCCCUCAGCCCCCAAACCAAUAAGCCAUUCAGUAUCUUCAGUGAACCUACGGUUCGGAGGAAGGACAACAAUGAAGUCUGUGGUGUGCAAGAUGAACCCCAUGCCAGACACAGCUUCCUGUGGCUCCGAAGUUAAGAAGUGGUGGACCAGACAGCUGACCGUGGAGAGUGAUGAGAGUGGAGAUGACCUCCUGGAUAUCUAGAUGGGAAGCAAGGCAUAGGGAGUCACAGGGUGAAAACUAUUGCCUAAUAGCUUCUUUUAUCAUUGAGACAGAAAACUGUAAUUGCUAAACACUAAAUUUCACUGAAGCAUGGGAUUUUCAGAAUUGAGUUUUGUUCAUUUAUUAGAAUGGUCUCUCAAAGAGUAUGAUGUUUUGGAUUAGUCGUGUAUUUAAAAAUGUUUGGGGCUUAGAAUAUAAGUCAGUGAAAGACCACUUGUCUAACCUAUGAAAACCCCUGUGUUUGAAUCCCAAAAAUACAAGAAAAGAAAGAAAAUGUGUAUUAUGCAGUAUUGAUAAUAUUAGAAGCUGCAUUAAUAGUAAAUGUAUAUUAAAUAUUUAUGUAUUCUGUCUGUGUAAACUACGCUGUAUUCAUCUGCACUCUUAUAUGUCAAUACUACCCCUCUCAAAGAGUGCUAAUCCAAAACUGGCCCAUAUUUAUAGUACAAAAGAUAUAGCUCUAAUUCACUUUUUUACCCCAUUUCCAAUAGAAAUAUUUCCCUUGGAAGAAAUUAUUUAUGAUUGAUCUGAAAAGGUCAGUACUGAGCUCGUGCUAAAACAAUAGCAGCUUCAAAACUAUAGAUUCUGAAUUUUUAAAAGCAUAUUCUUUUUCUCAUGUUAUUUUUAAAAAUAUGUUUAAUUUUUUAAAAAUCAGGACAGUUUGAUUUCUGUUUUCAAGUACUCUGAUGGGACUGUUGCCUGCUUCCAAGAAAGUUACAUGUGUAGGUCCCAUGUGAAAAAAUUGGCUACAGAUGCUAUUGGUAUAUAAUAAACCUGUAGGUGUAUUACUUCAUGGAUCUGAUGAAACAAAAGUACUUUGAAAUAUUUUUAAAAUCCUUUAAAUAAUUGAGUUUAGAAAACAGAAUAAAAGUGUUAGAUCAACUUAGCUGAAAGUUUACACUUGAGAGGUUAGUGUGGACGUCAUGGUUUAUCCUUGCUGUAGCCAUUGAAUGCUAUGAAUCAACGGGAGAAUUAUGAGUUGACUUUAAUACACCAUUACUAUGCUAGAUCCAAAAUAAGUUCCCUGCUCCCAGAAUUAUGUAUGGAAAUAACAGAAGGGUACAAAAACCUCACUCUAAACCCCUUUGGGAAUACCACAAUGUAACUGUGUUUUCCCCCCACACAUCAAUGGUCCAUGUCCUCUGGGAAAAGUAGAAAUACAAAAAUAUUGGAAAGAACUGAUGGACCCUGGCUGGGCAGCGUCUCCCCUGAGUUGUCAUUAUCAAUUUCAUAUUUGAUGAUCAGAUUAUUUUAAGAGAUUGAGUGUGUAAAAUUCCCUGAUGCCUAGGUUGCUAUAUGAUAUCCUUUUCUCUAUUUAACCUUCUUCAAAUAGCCAAACAUCACAUUCUUCCUACAUACAAGAUGUGAUAUAAUGUACCCAUCUACUGCUUAUAUGAUUACUUGUGACUAUUAGAUAAUAGGCAAUUCAAGUUCAUGCAGUCAAAGGGAAUUUUUAUUGGGUUUUAUGUUUAUUCAGAAUUUGAUUUUUGAAUAUAAAAUCAAUAAAAUAAAAAUCUAAUUU